CAUUACCAGAGACAAGGUAAACAGUGUAUUUAAAUAAAUUCUUGUCUGUUCAUAAAAAUGACAGAUUUUCUUGCUGAAAAUAAUGCUUGUGGGCAAAGUUUACUGCAUAUCGUUUCUGUAGGAAAUUCGAUAAUUGCAGAAACAUUACGCUUAAAGGAUUACAUUCCUGAUAUAUAUCGUUUAGAAUCAAAGGCUGACGUUCAAAAGUAUUCCGAAAUUAUAUUGGAUUUUAGCUACCUAAAAAUAGCGGAGGCGCAGGAGCAAAAGAUUGAGGAAAAUCCAGAGUUGCAAGAUUUAGAUGACGAGGUACGUGAAAACUAUUUGGACCUUUUAACGCGAUUUUAUCUGGCCUUUGAAAGUACACAUCAGUAUGCUGUGGAUCUCAAGCAAUUCAUCGAUGAAUUGAAUCGUGGCUACUACAUUCAACAGACACUUGAAUCUGUGUUACAAGAUGUAGAAGGCAAACAGUUAAUGUGCGAAGCAUUAUACUUGUUUGGCACGAUGUUAUUACUUCUUGAUUAUCAUAUACCGGGUAUUGUGCGUGAACGCCUUUUAAUAUCAUAUUAUCGAUAUAGUGCUGCAAAAGCGCAAGGUGAUAGCAACAUUGAUGACGUUUGUAUGUUAUUGCGCUCCACCGGCUUCGUAGCAAACAAUGAAUCAUCACCGUACAACGCAAAACUAACAACACCUUCACAGUAUCCUGUCUCAUACUUCUCACGCUUUACAUUUGACCAAAACUUUAUUGAUAUGGUAAUUGGUCGUUUACGAUGUGACGAUCUUUACAACCAAUUAGCCAUUUAUCCACAUCCUGAUCAUCGCUCCACUGCUCUGUCUACACAGUCGGCAAUGCUUUUCGUAUGUCUUUUUUUCACACCACAAACCCUCCAUUCUCAAGUAGCACAAAUGCGGGAAAUUGUGGACAAAUUUUACGCCGAUAAUUGGGUAGUAUCUAUUUACAUGGGUGUAACUGUUAACUUGAUUGACGCGUGGGAUGAAUUUAAAGCAGCCAAAGCGGCUUUGGCGCCUGUGGUGGAUACUGGUGUGAAGGGCUUCUGUUUGUUGCAUAAGGAGAAAAUGAACAAGACUUUGAAACAAACGCAGGAAAUACUACGAGCAGGUGUUUUGAACGACGACUUUGUUCUACAGAACAUCACAAAAAUCAUACCUCUAAUGCGCCAAUGUAACGUUUUACUACGAUGGUACUUCACGCACACAUCGAAAGCAGUGCUAGUGUUGACUCAGAAUUCACAAAAGACUCAGCAGGUCGAACAACUAGUCUGCAAUGAGUUAAACUAUCGUAAGGAACAGUUAUUAGAGCUUCUACUUGAUUGUAGCCAGUUGGAGGCGGCCGUUAAGGAUAUAUUGCGCGAUUUAAUGAACGCAAAAGCCGAACGAUGGUCUAAGUUCAAGCAUGAAGCUUUGGAUCGUCUUAAAGAAUUAGGCGAGGCAUUUGGUGGCUCACGGCCGCUGUCAAAAAUAGAAAACAACCCACAACUGAAGUUGUGGUUCAGUGAAAUAACUAAAGAAGUUGAAAAACUUAGUGCGGAAAACGUGAAUUUUUCGGGACGAACAUUAAUUCAACUGAUACAAGCGCUCGAGGAGGUGGAAGAAUUUCAUAAUUUGCAAGCAAACAUGCAAGUGAAGCAGUAUUUGUUGGAAACGCGUGAAUUCUUACACCGCAUGAUACAGAUAAUUAAUAUCAAGGAAGAUAUCCUCAUCAAUAUGCAAUUGAUCAGUGAUUUGAGCUACGCCUGGCGCUUACUUGACCGUGAUUUCACCGUUAUCAUGCAGGAUUGCAUUAAAAAGCAACCCAGGUCUGUAAUACGGUUACGCGCAGCAUUCCUUAAACUUGCCAGUGCACUGGAAAUUCCUCUACUGCGUAUAAACCAGGAACACAGUGAAGAUCUUGUAUCCGUCUCCAAUUACUACAGCACCGAACUUGCUAAUUACAUGCGUAAAGUUUUGCAAAUCAUACCCGAAACCAUGUUCAGCAUAAUGGCACGAAUUAUAAAUUUACAAACGGAGGUGCUGCUCGAAAUACCUACGCGCUUGGAAAAGGACAAGCUAAAGGAGUAUGCACAGUUCGAAGACCGCUAUACAAUCGCUAAGCUAACACAUUCAAUUGCCAUUUUCACCGAAGGCAUACUAAUGAUGAAAAAGACACUGGUUGGUGUUAUUGAACUUGACCCCAAACAGCUGCUUGAGGAUGGCAUACGUAAAGAACUCGUGCGACACCUGGCAAACGCGCUAAAUCUGGGCUUGAUCUUCACAACUACAACUAAAACGAAACGACAACCUAUAGCUGAAUUAGAAACGAAAUUGCUAGCAUUAGCCAAAAUCAUGGAUGGCUACCGGCGUUCUUUUGAAUACAUACAGGAUUACUUGAAAAUACAUGGCUUGAAGAUUUUACAAGAAGAGCUAACACGCAUUAUCAACUACAAUGUAGAAAAGGAAUGCAAUGCAUUUUUGCGCAAUAAGGUGCAAGAUUGGCAGUCACGCUAUCAGAGUCAAACUGUACCAAUACCUAGUUUUCCGCCACUGCAAGGUGACGCCACGAAGUCGAAUAAUUUCAUUGGUCGCUUGGCACACGAAAUACUUCAAUGUACGGAUCCUAAGCGUACAAUUUUUAUAGAACUUAAAGCAACCUGGUAUGAAAAACGUGCACCACACAAAGAAAUUCUGAAUGGUUGCUUUUUCAGCAAAGUGCGUGAGGCAAUCGGGCCAGCCGGUUUGGUCGGACUAGAUCGUCUCUAUUCGUAUAUGUUUGCAGCAGAACUCAAACAGAAUCUAGAAAAAAUGCAAAAGAAUUUAGCUAAUGAUAAUAUGUGGUUAGAAGCAUUAAAUAGCUUAAGCGUCGAGUUGGAAUCAAAACAAUUUCCGGACACUAAUUCAUCAAACCCAUUAAAAUUCUACGCAAAUUAUCAUAAUCGCUGGUUGAAAGUGUGGCCGACAUUACUAGAAUGGCUAUUACAGCUGGGACAUAAGCAAAUACUGCGUCAGCAACUGUCCUUUGAAUUGAACAGGAGCAGCAAAUGUAAUUCGAAAAAUUUGGAAUCAGCACUGGAAACUUUCAAUAGGGCACUGUUGAACGAAUUGGAACAACCAGAGACUUACGCGAAAUUUAUCUGUUCGGAUCGUGGCAAUCACUUGCUUAUGGAAUUUAACGAGUAUCUCGCCUUUACAGGCUCUUAUGAACCGCUUGAGCAAGUUUUCCUUACAACCAAAAGCUCACAUCACAUUGCGCUGUUUCUCUUCUUAUUUACCAUAGCGCAUUUGCCACGCCUACAAUUUGCGGUGAACACAAAUAGCUUACUGGCGAAAAAUGUGAAGGAUUCCUUAGAUGGCACACCACUUCUAGUGGGCUUACUAACUGUUUUACAACAGUUUCAUAAAGACGUCAAGCUAUUGUACUUGACUUACCUGUGUCAAUACGCAACUGUGAUAGUGGAGGCGAAUAUAAGUGCUAAAAGUGAAUUAAGCGUUGAAGCCACAACAGCAUUGCACUUCCUGCAGAUGUUUGUUAGGUUAGCCAAGCUACCGCGUACUGUUUUAACCGAACGCUGUCCCACAAUUAUAUUAAAUCAAUUUGAGUAUUUAGCUAUAAGCAACAAAGUUUAACUGCGAUUUAUAAAUUUUAUGAAAAAAAUACGUAUUAUUGCUUAUAUAAAACACAAACAUACAAAUUUUAU